AUGAAAAACUUUUGUAAGAUUGUAAACUUUAUUUUUUAUUUUCUGAUUUUUCUACAAUCAAGUAUAGGCUCUAAAAGUUACCGUCUUUCUCGAGCACGUCAACCGGAAGUUCGUCUACUCGAAGGGUAUAGAAGUCCUUUGGAUGAAGGUUUCCCUCCUGAUUAUUAUUAUGAAAGUGGAGAGAAGUUGCCAAACAAUGAGGAAGAUGUUGUUGAUGUUGACAAUAAUAAUAGCGAAUCAAGUUCUUCAUCUAAUACAUUGCCUUUAUGCCAAAAAGAAUGUUUAGGCAAAUUUAGUGAGGCAGCAAAAACAGCUAUACAGUCGAGUAGCAAUUUUGAACGCUAUAGGGGUGUUUGUCUCAACUAUAAUAACACCGUCCAUUGCAUGGACAAAUUGGAAGGUGAGCUCUGUACAAAUCAAGAAACAUUUCACGUUAUUACAAGCGGAUUGCGUUAUAUUUGUAUAGAGCAAAGAAAAGCAUUUGAAGCCGUUAUAGAAUGUAUUGAUGCUCAGACUGAUCAAGUUGAAAAGGAAUGUGAAGGUGUUUGCCAUGUGAAAGAAAGGAUGGCACACUGGGCAAUUCAAUCAGGAAUUUUAGACAGUUUUAUGAAAGGCGCCCUUAGUAGCUUGGCUAAUGGUGAAGCUUUUGCUACAAAAAUGCUUGGACGGCAGGAUCAAGGGUUGGGGAUAUUAAGUGGGAAUGGACUUCAUAGGAAUGCAGAGAUGUUGAAUUCCGUGUUAGAAGGGGCUAAAAGAGCAGCAGCUGAAGCAACAGCAAAAGGAAUAAGAAUGGCUGCUAAAGCAGUUGCCUCAAAGCAAUCAUUACCUCUUGGAGAAGUAGGGGAAGCAGUUGAAGAACAAUCCAAGAUUGGGGGAAUUAAUAAAAAUUUGAUUAAUAGACCCCCAUUAGUAAAACGAUUAUCGCCUGAUUUUAUGCGUGCUGUAGUUCAAGAUGGGUGUGAACUUGCCCGUUGUCAGCUAAUUUGUAUUCGAGUAAAAUUUGAUGCAAAAUGUGGAGGUUCUGCAGGAACAUUACUUUCUGAAGCAUUUGUUAGACCUAUUUCUCAGGCACAAGAAUUUUUAAGUUAUGGCAGUAUUGCACCGUUUAUGGGGGCAUUUUUACCACAUCAAUGUGAUUUUAUGGUAAAAAAAGAAGUUUUAAAUGAAUUUCGAAUACCUCCAGAAUUGGAUGAUGCUUUACACAAAAAAUAUGAUAUGGUAGAAAAUAACAUUGAUAAUAAUUCAUUUGGGGAAGGUGAUGGAAUUAUUGUUGAGAAAAUGGAAGAACAGGAAAUUAUAGAAAAUACAGAGGAAACAACAGAGGAACAUGAAGGUAGAUAUUAA